AUGGGGUUCUCGGAUUGUUGGAACACCAGCAGGAAAAUCACCAACUAUGUAUUUACGUCUUCCCAAGGAGGCCUGGUGUUGAGAAAUGGCAGCCAAUCUCUAAUCGAAAUUAAAAAUGGCACGUGUUAUCGUAAUAAUCAAGACUGGGGCUCUCCCUGCCAAAUGGAUGAAGGAAGUGCCAACAUCACUCUGAAUGACGUAUCCCAACAGGAGGCAUUACUAAUAUGGGAUGGAUCUUCAUUCACUUCUACAGUAUUCUUCGUGCCAAAUUGUACUUUUCAGACACCACAGCAAGGUGAGUUGAUAGACCUGGAGAAGUGUGUACAGUCAAUUUACAGACGUCGUUUCCACUUUCUCGAUUUGGGAAAGGGCGAUCGUAUAUCGAAGUCGCAUUUGCUGCUCAAGGUGCAAACAACCAAACUGGGCUCCCUUCUUCUCUUGCCCAUGAUUUCGUGGUCGCAAUUCUCUCCCUUCUUCCUCAUUACAACGCAGGCUUCAAUUGAAGUGAACGGCCGAGUUGCGUGUAGAUGGACAGGGACUACUCUCGUUGCACAUGACUCACCUUUCUGCCGUAACAUGACGAAUGACACAGGAUCAGAUCUGAGAACAUUUGUCCUGAACAUUACUCGAAAUGACGCUACUAAUUAUACCACAAUUGAAUGGUCCGCCUUGACUACAGUAUUAGUAGUUAAUAUUGACUGGACGCAAGAGGGUGAAUCGCCAGAAAUAGCGGAAUGCAGCAAACCUGGAGUGACGUCCACUUCCACGAGUGAGUUAAAGCACUACAAUAUACUCACUAUGCCCAAAGCUAUGGAAACUGUGUAA